AUGGUUGGUUUCAUCUGUUAUUUCAAAGCCCAGUUCCUUGAAAGUUUGCAGAUUUCUGAAUGCAAGGGAUUACAAUCACUGAACAUUGAAUCUGGUUCCAGAUUCCAGACCUUGACGAUAUUGGAUUGUUUACAGUUGAAUGAAAUAUAUGUUUUCGCGUAUAACCUCAGGAAGGUGGUGUUUCAGGGACAACUUCCUUGGUUUUCUGUAAAAUAUUCUCCAAACAUGGAGACUGUUAUUCUUGAUUUCAGACAUGGUCCAGGCUACAGUCCAUUUGCAUGUGAAAACCUUCUUCUAAUGGAUUUCAAACAUGUCAAGGCUCUGACAGUCUCUGCCUGGCUUUUCAAGGUACCAAUUCCUAAGUGGCUACCAUCAGCUGGAGCCAUUUGCGCGAGAAAUGACUUUGCCUUCAACAAUUUAAAGGAGUUGUGUUGGAUUGAUAGCACAAUGGGAAAUCAAAGCAUAGCUACCUUAAUUUCUGUUCUAAGGAUAAGCCCUUUUCUGGAGCAGCUACUCAUUAAUGUAGAUCCUAGAAAUUAUUGCGGUCCAAGCGAGGGAGGAAUAUGUAGCUUCUGGAAGGAGUAUUCGAACCGAGUAGCCAACGCUACAACUUGGGAACAUCUGAAUGUGGUUAAAUUGAAAGGUGUGUUGGGUAAAGAAGAUGAAAUUUUGUUGACACAAUGUCUGGCCCAAGUAGCUUCAAAGGAGCUGAGGCUGAUACAUGUAAACUGAAAUUAAAAC